AUGAGUGACACCCCUGCCACGUCCUCAUCUCAACAGGGUAGCCAGCCCAACCCCAACACAACUAAUGCUUCUCGUGGAAAAGCCAGCGGUGCCAAAAAGACGACUCCCGCUGCCAAGCUAAACCCCGACGCCAAGGACUAUGUCCCUCGCACCGCUGCGACUGACGGCACCGCCACCACGCAAACAGGCGCACCAUCUGGUAACAACCCUCGCCACCGGAGACGGAGAAACCCUGAUGGAAACAAGGCCAACACCUCCAACCCCGACAGCGAGUCAAAACAGCCUUCGGAGGGCGGACGAAGUGGUGGCAAUAACAAUAACAAUAACAACAACAAUAACAAUGUUGGCAACGCCAACAACCGUAAUCGACGCAACGGAGGACGCAACCCAAGGAAGGCACCUGAGGGUGGCGCGCGCAUCGAUGACUACCACCAAGACGAUGAUAUCGAGAUCAAUAUGGAUCGACCUGUAGAGCCCACUGGAAGCCAAGCCGCUGGAUCGGACUCGGCGUUGGGAGCAGGAUCGAAUGCACAACCCAAAGGUCGUCACGAUGGUCGCCGCAAGGGCAAGGAAUCCACUGGCACCGGCACCGGUACUUCAUCACCAAAACCUCCGCACAACCGUGGCGAGGGGGGUCACACGCGUGGUCCCAGAGAUGGACAAUCUGAGAGUUCAUCGGCAACGCGUGUAUCAGGGCAAACAGGCUCAAACAACAGGCGUCAAAGGAACCGUAAAGGCGAUCUGGGCGGCCGCACGUUCCCUACCACCUCCACUGUAAAUGACAGAUCGACAACAGAAUCUUCUAACUCGCAAAGGAACGCCCAAAGGAACGCUCAGCGCCCCCAACCCAAGAAGUUCGUACAUACUGUGGAGGAGGAUCGUGACCUUUUGGCCGCUCUCACCACCGGCCUCAGCAACUCGACAUACGACUGCAUGGUCUGCUGGGAUGUCAUUCGUCCUGCACACAAGAUCUGGAACUGCCAGGUCUGUUGGGCAGCCUUCCAUCUGGAUUGUCUCUCUACUUGGGCAACAAAGUCUUCAGAAGGUUCCAACAACAACGGAGCAGGAUGGAGAUGUCCAGGGUGCCAGAACACACAGGUCUCGAUCCCACAGGAAUACAGUUGCUUCUGCGGCAAGGUUAACAACCCUGAUUUCAACCGCUAUCUUACCCCUCACUCUUCCCAUGCCAUCCUGGUCCCUGCCCUCCAUGCGGCGGACUUGGUCCCAUCCAGUCCUGCCAUUGUGGCAACGAUUCGUUCCAGCUUCGCUGUGCCUCUUGCAUGUGGUCAUCACGAAUGUACCAAGCCUUGUCACCCUCAGGACAGCGAACUAGGAGAGUGCUCAGCAAGACCCGAAGUUGUCAAGACUUGUCCAUGCGGCUCCAAACCUAUCGAGACAGCCAUGAAGGGAAAGAUAAGGACCUCCUGCCUAGAUCCCAUUCCAAGCUGUGGAGGCGUCUGCAAGAAGCCACUGAACUGCGGACAUCGCUGCAUGCAAAAGUGUCAUCUGGGAGCAUGCGCACCUUGCAAGGUUCCUGUGACGGUCAACUGUCGCUGCGGAUCUUCUCAAGUGCAACGCAUCUGCUCCGAUAUGGGUCUUUAUGGAGAUGAACUCCCUACCUGCGAUCGUCCCUGCAGAGGUCUUCGCGCUUGCGGCAAGCAUCAGUGCAUCAACCGGUGCUGUCCUGCCAAGAGCCAACCCAAAGGCAAGAAGGGCGAUCUGGCAGCUUUGGAAGCGCACAUCUGCACCCUGACCUGCGGCAAGAAGCUGCAGUGUGGUGUCCACACCUGUGAGAUGCUCUGCCACAAGGGACACUGCAAUCCUUGCAUGAACGCCUCCUUUGACGAACUCUCCUGUGCUUGCGGUCGCACCGUGGUCUACCCUCCAAUUCCUUGCGGUACCCCUAUCCCCAAAUGCAGAUACACUUGCACCCGAACUCGCGCAUGCGGUCACGCCUCUCUAUCGAACCAUCCCUGUCACCCAGAUGGCGAACCCUGCCCCCCUUGCAUUAUGCUUGUCGCCAAGCAGUGUAUGUGUCGCAAGUCCAAGAUGCCCAACGUCCCUUGCUACAAGAGCAACCCAUCCUGUGGAAAGGUCUGCGGCAAGCGUUUGGACUGCAACCUCCAUAACUGCAAUAAGUCCUGCCAUGCCGGAGAGUGUAUUAUUCCACCUACAGAUGUGUGCAACCAGCCAUGUCCCAAACCCCGCAAGAGCUGCGGUCACCGCUGUGGAGCUGCCUGUCAUGGGGACACUCCUUGCCCUGAGGAUACACCCUGCCCCGUCAUUAUUCCAUCUAGCUGCAAAUGUGGCCACUUGUCUAUGGACUCUGCCUGUAAUGCCACCGCAGACAACCCUUGGGAUGGCAAGCCCAAAAUGAUAAAAUGCAACGACUACUGUUUGAUUGCAGAGCGCAACAAGCGAGUCGCACUCGCCCUGGAUAUCGAGGAGAAAGGCGAACCUGGCCCACGCAUCCCCGAGUUUGACUCGUACGUUCUCGACUACGCUACUGCCAAUAUGGAGUUUACUCUCAAGAUUGAGAAGCAGCUGGCAGAAUGGGUCGCCGAUACUUCCAAGCCAAUCCUGUACUUUCAACCUAUGAAGGGCCAUCGCCGCAAGUUUGUUCACGAGCUCGCUGCCCACUACAACAUUGUGUCGGAGAGCGUGGAUGUGGAGCCAUAUCGUAGUGUGACGAUUCGGAGACAGCCCAACACAUCCGUGCCUGAUUUGCUCACUUCCCAAGCCUGCCGCCAGAAGCGCCCUACAUCCUCGGCGUCUACCAACAGCGUGGAGCAGCUCAGGAAGCCGAUGAUCAAGGAUCCUGUUAACUCGAUCUACUUGCAUGACUUGGCAUUUGGAUUGACACGAUCUGAGCUAGCUGCACAGCUAGCGCCUAUCUUUGGCAACAUCAAGUACGGUAUCCGAUGGUUGACGGAUGACGAUGCCGUGCUUGUUCCUCACCCGGGCUCCUUGCAGAUGGACGAGUUCGAGGCAGUCCUUGUCAGACUCCGAACUGGUAUCAAGGGCGUCGUAGCCAAGGGCAACCUCUGCGAGCGUGUCGAGCUAUGCUGGGUCAACAAGGAAGGAGAGGUUGUCAGCCAUACCAACGUUGGUGGAUCUCAGGCACGCAGGUUCUUCAACGCCAGUCAAGGAAGCCAGCUGAUGAAAAGGGCUGUGACUCCCAAGGUAGCCAACGCGUUCGCGAUUUUGGAUGACGAUGAGCGGAUUGCUGCUGCCAAAAGACUGGAGGAGGAGCGGAUCUUGAAGGCCAAGGAGGCUGCUGGUACUCUAAGCACGGAGGCAUGGGAGGAAGAGUCUAGCUCGUCGCCUGCUGCCACUGGAGCAUCUAUCCCUGCCACGUUUGGCUCAAGCGCGUCGCGACCAUCGUCUGAUGGAGGCAUGUCGCAGACUGACAGUGUCACCUCUGGAACUACUGAGGACUUGACAAAGUUUGUGGUUGUAGAAGCUGGCGAGUUUACGGAUGAGGUUGUGGACGACUGGCAAGAGCUCUUGGAGGAUGAUGACGAAGAAGACGAGACUUUGGAGAGAGACAAGGCUGAUGGCAACAACAGCAGUGAAAGCGAGAAGGGGGACGAGACUGUGCAGGAGAAGACGAGUGAGGAGAAGGGAUCGUCGAGCAAGGGUGUCAGUGAUGAUGAGACUGUUGUUAUCAGCCAGAAAGACUUGCCCGAGUCCCAGAGUCUCCAGCAGCAGCAGACCUCUGGUCAGGAUGACAAGACCGAUGCCUAA